ACGUUUUAGUCUUUCGGCGGGAGGCUUCGCUGCUACAUCAUGCCUCUCACAGAUGGGUGGUUCUUUUUCUGCUUUGCUCUAAUACAAAUUGUUACCUGCCAGUACCAAUAUCAACCCCACCAUGCUUAUUCAGCGCCAUUAGCUGGAGUAUCUAGCCGACCGGAUCUAUCAUACGUUUUUAGUUAUCCAUUCAACUUGUAUCGUACACCUGGAGGAGAGCCUUGGUGUCCAUCAGCUUCACCUAACCAACCACCUUUGUUUCAAUGCAAAUCUGCUAUUCGCUGUUCGCCGUGGUUCAUCGAACUGCUCUACAAUCCAUGGUGGUGUACUGCAGCAGAUGGAAGUUUCGGGGCCUGUUGUCCAGACGUCUACAAAACAACCUCUUCCGUUGCUCGUUUCCCAGAAUCGAGUAAGCUAACAGCUAUGCCGAGAGAUAUUACUAAAGAAGAGAUGAUUCGUGCUGUAACUAUUGCUCGACAACACGUUGAAGAAAUCAGUGCCUUUGAAUGGCAUGCUUGGAGCAAUAUGCUGGCUCCCUGGCAAAACUCUGCGGCCUACAGUUACAGUGCUACCACUUAUGCCUCUCUCAUCGGUCAACAGCAAGGAUGGAAAGGUCUUCAAUCAGUAGAAGCAUCUAGAAAAUUGGCUAACCUAUUGAAACUCGAGCCCGAAUACGCCGGAUUUGCAUUGCAGCAUUUGUGCGUCAGAGAGACAGCCCUCUCAUCCAUUUGUCGUGAACAGCCCAAGUGCAAUGCUUCUGCCCUGUACAGAACUUACGAUGCUUCCUGCAAUAACUUGGAUUAUCCAAACUGGGGUAGAUCUAAUUCACCUUUGGAACGUAUAUUACCUCCUCAGUACGCCGAUGGUAUUUGGGCACCGCGUGAAUGGCCAGGACUUCCACCAGUUGAUUCCGUCAGUCGAAUUGUCCAAGAUAUCGAUUAUCCCGACAAUCAAUUGACAAUCACUGUCAUGCACUGGGGUCAAAUGGUGGCACAUGACGUCACUCACGUUCCAACUUUCCGUACAUUGAAUAACUCUGCAAUUCAGUGUUGCACGGGUGACGGCAAGUACUUGUCACCGGAAAGGACCCAUCCGCUUUGCUUCCCAAUUGACAUCGCUCACGACCACGAAUUUUAUGGACAAUUCGGUGUCACUUGCCAUGAUUUCGUUCGUUCCGUCAUUGCUCCAAGAGAAGACUGCAAAUUUGGUUACGCCGAUCAGCUCAACCAAAAUACAGCCUAUCUUGAUGCUUCGGUCAUUUACGGCUCGACGGAAAAAGUUGCACGAUCUCUUCGGGAAUAUGUCGGCGGACGUAUGCGUGUUACCAUCGUUGGUGGAGAUUACGUAGUUUUACCAGUUGAUCCCAACCGUAAGGAUUGCAUUACGGACGAAUACGGAAGCGAGUGCUUUGUCGCAGGUGAUCAACGGGUAAACCAAUACACCGGCCUCACUGUCCUACACAUCGUCUGGCUGCGUCUACACAACAAAUAUGCAAAUCAGUUAUCUUUGAUCAAUCCUUUAUGGGACGAUGAACGACUUUACCAAGAGACGAAGAAAAUCAUCACGGCAUUGGUUCAACACAUCACCUACAACGAAUAUCUUCCUUCCGUGCUGGGACCCAAUCUGAUGGAAGAAUAUGGGCUUCUACCAAUGACAACUGGUUACACGUAUACCUACGAUCCGGCUGUGAAGGCCCAAAUCACAAACGAGUUUGCAACUGCUGCAUUCCGUUACGGACAUUCCCUUAUCCGCAACUACAACGAACUGUGGUUAGAUGAUACUUACGCCAAUUAUGGUGGUGAAUUGCACUUGAAAGAUUGGUACAAUAAUCCUAAAGUACUUUUCGAUCCCGUCGUUUUCAAUGCUCUCAUUCGGCACUUCAUCACUGGAACAGCACAGAACUUUGACGAAAACGUCGUGGAUGCUGUCCAUAAUUAUUUGUUUAAAUCACCUUACCAAAGCUGGGGUUUGGAUCUAAUCGCUGCAAACUUGUGGCGUGCUCGUGAUCACGCAAUACCUGGUUACAACUUUUACCUAGAAGCUUGUGGAAGCAAACGCGCUGUCACUUUCGACGAUCUCUUGCCCAUCAUGCGUCCUGCGAUAGUAGAGAAGAUUAAGUACCUGUAUAAAAGCGUGGACGAUGUCGAUUUGUUUAUCGGGAUACUCGGAGAAUGGGCCAUCAAAGGCGGAAUUGUCGGACCAGUAACUUCUUGCAUCAUCGCAGAUCAGUUUACCCGUUUGAAAGAUGGCGAUCGCUUCUUUUACGAGCACGGAGGACAACCACAUUCCUUCACUCCAGCUCAAUUGGAUGCUAUACGAUCCAUGAGCUUGGCUAGAGUGCUGUGCGAUACUUCCGACACUGUAGAUUGGAUAACUCACAAUGUCUUCUGGACUCCAUCUCCAAUGAAUCCAUGGGUGCCUUGUUAUGGAAAAGAUAUUCCACGCCUCAACUUGAACUUGUGGAAAUCAACGUACUAAUGACUGUUAGAUGCUUUAUCUUCAACCAUCAAGAAAUUUGAUUUUUAAUUGUUUUUGAAGUUAGUUGAAUGAUUGUUUUUCCUGUGGUGAGGUAAAUUGUUGAAAUCCUUUUCCUGGUUUAUUAAAUUAUUUGGAGAAUGGUU